UCACACUUUUGUAACAAAGUGUAAACUAAUUUAAAAAUCAUAACUAUUUUCGUCUUUUUCGAAGUACAAAAAAAUACAUUGUUACAUUUAGUGACAUCUUUGAAGAAUUAUGAUAAUUAAUGUUACCGGUCAUUGCUCUAUUUUAUAGACCUUUACAGCUUUACUAUAGAGAUAUAAAGAUAGAUUACGUAAGUCAUACAUUGUCGUGUAAGUGGAUGCGAUAUGGAAAUAGAAAAAGAACGCUGCAUAGUGGCGUUUAUCUGAUAGACAUGCAUACUGACACCGCUCAUUGAUCGGUGUUACACCGACAUAUUGACUAUAUGAAUGCGCAUACGGGAUUAAACGAACACACAAGAAGCCUCUACGUAGCGUUCUCUUUCUAUUUCUAUAUCGCUUUCUCAGCUCGCUCACGCACUCUAUCUGUAUAUCUUUAUAAAUUUUACAGUAUAAUAAUUGUGCUCGUGACCAAUAAUGCGAUAAGUAAAGUGCACUGAUAAGCAUUUUUUUCUUUUUUUUCUUUUUAUUCCCUAAAUAAAGAUAAUCUCGUGUAUUUUGACGCGAAAGAAUUUUUGCUAAGUGAAUAUGUCUCGAAAAGAUCAACAAAUUUUAAAACAGUUUUACAAUUGUUGUAUUUUACGCGAGGGGAAAAUCUUAAACGAAGAUUUAUGGGUUCGCGAUGGGAAAGUCGUUGACCCAGAAAAAAUUUUUUACGACGAAAAAGUCAAACCACAUAUAAGAAUCGAUUGCAACGGCGCGUUAAUUUCUCCUGGAUACAUUGAUCUUCAAAUCAAUGGUGGUUUUGGAAUAGAUUUUACACAUAAUGUUAAUGAUGUACAAGAAGGAAUUAAUAAAGUAGCCAAAAAAUUGCUUGAAUUUGGUGUAACAUCAUUUUGUCCAACUUUGGUUACAUCACCUAGUGAAACAUAUCAUAAGAUAUUACCAAACAUUAAGAGAACAAAAGGUGGGAAACAUGGUGCAACUGUAUUAGGAGUUCAUUUAGAAGGACCUUUCAUUAGUCCAAGUAAAAAGGGAGCUCAUCCAGAGAAUCAUAUAAAACAAUUUGAAAAAGGUUUCAAGUCAUUAAGUGAUAUGUAUGGAAGUUUAGAAAAUGUUUGUCUUGUAACAUUGGCACCUGAACUUCCUAAUGCCCAAUCUGUGAUUACAGAAUUGUGUAAAAGAAAUAUUACAGUUUCUCUUGGACAUUCUGUAGCAAAUUUGAAAGAAGGAGAAGAGGCUGUAAAGAAUGGAGCAUCCUUUAUUACCCAUCUUUUUAAUGCAAUGUUACCAUUUCAUCAUAGAGACCCAGGAUUAGUUGGUCUCUUAACAUCUGAUCAAGUUCAUCCUGGAAAAAUUAUCCAUUAUGGCAUAAUUGCAGAUGGAAUUCAUACUCAUCCAGCAGCAUUGCGUAUAGCUCAUAGAACCCACCCUGAAGGUCUUGUUUUAGUUACUGAUGCACUGUCAGCACUAGGAUUAGAAGAAGGCAUACAUCAAUUAGGACAGCUUAAAAUCGAAAUGCGCUCGGGACGUGCAUAUAUUGCUGAGACAGAUAUACUGUGUGGAAGUACAGCAGAAAUGUCGAAAUGCGUUCGUCAUUUCAAAGAAGUAACAGGCUGUUCAAUAGUAGAAUCUUUAGAAGCUGCGACUCUCCAUCCGGCAAGAACCUUAGGUAUUGAAAAGACUAAAGGAGUCUUAAACUAUGAAGCAGAUGCCGAUAUGGUAAUGUUGAAUAAAAAUUUAGAACUAUUAUCGACGUGGAUAGCGGGAGAAUGUGUUCAUUGUAAUUGCAAGUAUGUUGAAUAUUGUCAGUAAAGCACAGAACAUACUAUUCAAAUAAUUGCUUAAUGCUCAUGGACAUAGGAAUUCCUGUGUCUAUGUCAAUAUUACUCAACAAUUGGUCACUUUUAUUAGGGAAAUUGGCGGAAUUGAUUUCACAAAACAUUCAGAAAAAAAUGUGGCCAUUUAGCCACUUGUAUUAAUUAUAUGAGCAUGUACUUUACAUGCCUUAAAUAUUACACUUUUCGUAUAUAAUGCGCGACGGCUGUGAAUAUCGUUCUAGCCAUAAUUUUAUUCAUCUAUCUAUUCAUAUUGUAAGAUAUACAAUUAUAUACGCAUUUUAUAUAAAAGUAUUUUUUACGAACGUACUUAUAUUUUGAUACAUAUAAAAUAAAGAUUAAUCUUUACCUUUAUUGUAUUGGAGGGAAUAUGCCUUUAAUGAUAUAAAGUCAAAAACAACUAUAUAAUUUUUAUCUUUAAAUUAACAACAAAAAGGUCAGUUAUUUUUUAUAGUUAGGUACAAAUAGGAUGUAUAUCUAUUUCGACAAAAAAUGUUAUUCGUUAUAAAAUAUUUAGAUAACAGUUUCAAAAUAUGUACAAAUAAAUUGUUAUUUUUAAUUCA